AUGAUGUCAAGAUAUAUAAUCUCAGCGCGGGGAAAAAGUGUGCCAGAAGUAGGUUUUUUUAUAAAAAUAUUUGAUUUAAAAAUGUCGAAAUUUUAGUGGAUGUCAUCGGAAGCGAGGCGGAAAUUGGAAAGAGGCAAUUUAGGUGACUUUUUUUGGAUUUUAUUAUUAAUUAUAAUUUUCAAUUCAAGAUGCACGGCGACGGAUACAACUCAUCCAGGAUUUCGAUAUGCCAGACGUCAGCCACACAAUUAACAUCACACCCGAUGGAAAAUACGUUUUUGCGUCAGGUUUUUUUUUCGGACAAGAAAUUUUUUUUAUAAAAAGCGUUUCAGGAAGUUAUAAGCCUUUCAUAAAGUGCUAUGAUUUGUCGAAUUUAUCGCUAAAGUUUGAGCGAGGACUUGACGCGGAUGUCAUCAAAAUGAUCGUCCUCAGUGAGGAUUUUUCCAAGGUUAAUUCUAAUAAAAAGCUGAUUUUCGGUCAAUUUCGAUACGUUUAGCUCGUGAUUUUGGAACAAGAGCGUUAUAUCGAAAUGCACGCGACUUUCGGUCGGUAUUUUCGUAUGAGGAUGCCUUGUUACGGAAGGGAUAUGGCCUAUUCGACGGAGAGCAGCGAUUUGUUCCUAGUCGGCGCCAAGUGGGUCUUUGAAAUUAUUCAUAAAAGUCUUGAAAACUGUUUCGGAAAAAGUGAAAAAAGUUUAAAAUCAAUGCGAAGGCUCUUUAAAAGCAGGCCAAAUGCAAAAAAGACAUUUUGUGUAUUUUAAUGACCCUAUUUCAACAAAUAUGCGAAUUUAAAGCCAAUCUUUAGAAAAUUUUAACUGUUUAGCAGUACCGUAUGGUCUUCUAAAGUGGCUACUAAUUUUUAGCCACUUAAAUGAGAAUCAAUUUUACUGAAAUAGUAGCCACUGUAAGCUCAAAAACCCUAAAGUGGUCUCUAAUUUUAGCCACCUAAUUGGCCGCUAAUUUGACUAUAAUAUUGGGCACUAAAACUUAGAAAACCCUGAAGUGGCCACUAAAAUUUUUUCUUGUUUGGUUCUUUAUUUUGAAUCAAAUUUCAGCCUUUUCCGAUUUUUUUUUCUAUCAGAAAGUUUGAGAUAUGUGAAGAAUGUCUUCGUUCGGCGCGCAGGGAAGCAGAAAAUCCCGAUUUCACCCAUUUUUCGUGGUUUUUGUAUUUAAAUGACGCUUUUCUUGGCCAAUUUCUGAUAUAAACCCCAAAAUAAGUAUAGGAAAGAUAUUUAUCGACUGAAUCUGGAGCAAGGCGAGUGGUUGACGCCUUUGGAAUCGACGGCGCCGGCGAUCAAUUGUUGUCAAGUUGCCAAGGAGCAUCAACUCCUCGUUUGUGGUCCGUUUGUUUUAGUUUUUAAAGGAGUAUCGUACCCUCAGAUGUGUGAUUUAUAUCCUAUGGUUUUCCAGGAACUUCCAAAGGUUGCGUCGAAGCCUUCGACCCAAGGGAUAAAACCCUCUGUGGGAUCCUGGACUGCGCGACACCCAUUUCUCAACUUUUAGGGUUAGUUUUGAACUGAAAAUUAAUAAUUCUGACUCGUACUAUUGUGGACGCUCUUGUACGAUUUCCAACCUUGUUUUUUUUUUCCAGCGAAGCUUCUAACGCAGAAGUUACGGCGAUCGCUUUUGCGGACGCUCUUCAAAUCGGCGUCGGAACCAGCACUGGACACGUUCGUUUAUUCUUUCUAUUUCAGCUCAACUUUCCUUGUACCUUUUCCCAGUUUAACAGCAUUUUUCCAGGUUCUUUUGUUCGAUAUUCGCUCGAGACGGCCCCUGCUCAUAAAGGACCACAAAAACGAGUUGGCCAUCAAGAAGAUUGAUUUCGUUAAGCGGUUGGAAUCACUUUUUUGCCUUAUUAGUUGUGGGAUUUGGUCCAGAAGCAGUGAAAAAGUUUUUGAAGCUAGAAAGGGAGAAGCUAAAAAUUGGACAUUUUGAAAAAACAUCUUCUUCUGAAGAAUUAGACGGUCAUAAACCUUGAAUAUACAGUACCAUUAAAACGAAAAAAAUUUUUCGCUCGCAAAUUCCUCGUGUACAGAAUUCCGUUUUUUUUCUGCGGACUGAAAUUCCACUAAAAUGAUGCAUUUAACAAUUAUCACAACUUCAAAAGCUUCCCGAAAGAUCAAAUUCCAUACAAGGAAGUUUUGAUCAUCUUUUCUGACAGGACUGUAUCAAAAAAUCUCUGAGAUUUUUCUUGAAUUUUUCCGAUAUCCAAGAGGUCAAGUAGACCACGUGAACUGGAAUCUUCGAAAGUUAGGAAGCGUUCAAAAAUGAGAGUCUUAUUCUUCUCUGAAUGCUCCCUUGUUUACCAAUGCUCUCUAGCUUUGGAUAUUCGGUCGUAAGCUCCAAGUUAGGUAUCAAUCGAUAUAGCCUAUUCCGCGCCAGCUUGUCACGUUUUUCUUUCCGCCAAAAAGACCGUAUACCAAAUUAGAUCAAAUUUCUGCUUUUAAAACGGCAAGAAACAAAGGUCUUGAAACGAAAGUUGGCCUUUUGGCGGAAAGAUAAACGUGACAAGCUAGCGCUGAAUGGCCUAUAGCUAAUCAAAGAUCUUGAUUUUGACCAAGAAAAUUUUCCUUCAGAGAUGAAGGAAAUGUAGUGGCGUCCAUGGAUUCUCGAAUGCUGAAACUUUGGCAUCAGGAAGACGGAGAACCCUUCGCCGCCAUUGAGAACGAAAAAUCGCUCAACGACUUCGCUCGCUUCCCGGAUUCUGGUCCGAAAAGUCUUCUUCUCCAUCAUGUCAUACCUUCUAGGCCUUUUCUUCUUCGCCAACGAGGCCCAAAGAAUGCUUCAAUAUUUCUUGCCCGCCAUCGGUCCCGCUCCAAAAUGGUGCUCCUACCUCGACUCCAUCACUGAGGAACUCGAAGAGACCGAGCCUUCUGGUUUUCUCGCCCCUCUCAUCGACCGCCUUAUCUCUCUUGUUUAGUCUACGACAACUACAAGUUCGUGACGAAGAAGCAGCUGGAGGAACUCGGCCUCAACAGUUUGGAAGGCACGAAUCUACUGAGGGCCUACAUGCACGGCUAUUUCAUCGAUUCUCGUCUCUAUGAUAAGGCGAAACUCAUGACCCAGCCAUUCGCCUACGAGAACUACAAGGCUGAGAAGGUUUGGUUCUACUUAGGAAUUUUGGAGUGGUCCCCAUAGGGCCCACCAAACUUUGCAAAAGUGGCCCCUAUAAGGGUUUUGGUUAGUGGUAGCUAUAGGGUACAUGUCAGUCAAUUAUUGUUAAGGGCUUCGUGAGAAAAACCAUUUCUUUGCAAAAAAUCGAUGGUUUAGCACUUUUUGAGGGUACAAACAAUAAAAGAAGAUGAAAAACAAAAGUUUGAAGACUUCUUUAGGGACCACUUGAGCUUUAGGGGCCAGGCCUUAAGUCCCUAUAGGGACCAACUACACGCAUAUAGGGGCAAUUUCAGCCCCUUAAACUGGCUGUUUUUCUCCUAAACCCUAUAAGGACCACUCUGACGCUCCUAGGUAUUACGACUUUUUGAAGCUCUAUAAACUGAAGUUAUUUUAAUGGACCAAAAAAAUAUAUGAAAAAAAGUGAGCUUGAAUGUUUCACCUAGUAGAGUUCUGGGUUCCCUAGAAUCCAUUUAUUGGGUUUUUUUUGGGAGGAGACCUUAAAAAUUCUCAAGAAAGUACACUAGAAUAUGCUUGAAAAUUGAUCUGGCCUAUUUUUGUUAAUAAGAAAACCACAAGAGAAAGUUUUGAAUAUGGGGAUUUUUUUUUCAGAUAAAAUCGAUCAUGGAAAAAGAACGAGACCAAGAGGUGAUCAAAAAGAAGAAAGAGAAACUUCCCGCAGUCAACUCGAUUCUGGCGGCUCGUUUACGGGAGGAAGCUGUCCUGGACACGAAAAAAGCCGCGUCUGCCAAGGAGAAACGUGAAAAGAAGAGGGUAGGCAAAAUGAAGUUCUCAGUUGGGAAAUCUUAAAUUUUCGAGUAAUGACGGAACCUUUCUAUUUUUCGAAGUUUGUGAAAGAUCGAUGCGAUCAAUGUCACUUCAUUUUCCCGUUUCAGGCGGAGAUCGCGUCGUCACUGCUCGCCGACGACCGCUUCAAGAAACUUUUCGAGUCGGCCGACUACGAGGUCGACGAGGCCAGCGAACAGUUUGAACGCAACGCCGCCGUCGCCAAGAAAUUGGCUGAAAGAGCCCCGAGAAGGGUUGAAGAGGACGACGAAGAUUCAGAAGGCAGUGAGAGUGAAGAAGAAGAAGAAGAAGACAGCGACGACGACGACGAAGGACCCAGUGGCAUGGUUCGUGACGACAAGGAAAUCUUGAAUAGUUUGGAUGGCUCAAAGCUGCCGAGGAGCGCUUUGAAAAUUUUUUUCGAGCUUUUGAAUUUGAAAAAAAGGAGCCGGCCUAACCACUACGAACCACGUGAGCAACUUCGAGAAAUUUCAUGUCGACCCUAAUUUUGCAAGAAAAUCAAUAAAUCCUGUUUUCCGUCUUUGAAAAUAAAGCCGGUUUUUCCUAUUCCGGAGCCUAUAAGUACUUUAAAAAACCUCUUCAGAUGUUUUUGAGCCCAAAUUUAGAAUCAGUAUGAAAAAUUGCAUCUAGAGAACAUACUAUCAUUUAGAAGCCUUGUUUUGGAUAUUUCAUGUAGUUUUUUUUUUUUAGUCGAACGCUAGGCCCUUGUGGCUCGAAGAUGAGGACAAAGUGCGCUCCGAUGAGAUGGAUUCUGACAUUGAGAGCCGACAAGGCUCCGAGAGUGAUGAGGACGACGUUAAGGUUCUGUUUCCCUUUCACCUCAUUCGGGAGUGUCUGUGCCCUCCUUGUCUCUCGGCGACCCUCUCUUGUUGACGUGCUAUUUUCAUGUUUCUCUAAUCUUGUCGCUGAGGUAACAGAGAUACGCAGACACUCGAAAAUUAUCAAGUCGCGGCGGACAGACUAUACCUAGGAAAUCAGGAAGGUUCAGCAAAAAUAGGAAUGCUAGAAGAGGAAUCGAACCUUGGUCUCAAUUUUAAGAAGACAAAGUGCUAGCCAGUACACCAUCAAACGAACUUUUUACCGGUUCGAAACCAUUCCAGAAGCAAAAACAGAAGCAGAAGCUGGCCAAACGUGCCGAGGCUGAGAAACGACGGCUAGAAAAGCUCGAAGCGAGAAGAAAUGAACGAGAAUUAUUAAAGUUGGUCUUUUUUUCCAGGCAAAGAUCUUCAUGUAAAUUUCCAGAGAAACUAGGCUAGCUACAAAACCCAAAAAGUUCGUGCUCCAUUCGAUCGGAGCAUCGGAAACGACGCGGAAGUUCAUCGAUGAGAAAUUGGCCGAAACGUCGGAAGGAGCUGGAAAACAGGUCUCUUUCUGGCGUUUCUUCCAGAAUAAUCAAUGAAAACUCUCCAGGAAUCCCUCAGUUUGGAUCAACGGAAUCGGGUCUCCAAGAAGUUCAACGUGGCGGCUCAGAAUGAGGUACUUUUUUCGGAAAUUCAAGCAUUGAAAAUUGAUAGUUAGAGGCUUUUUUUGAAGAGGUAAGAUAGUUCAGCUCAAAAUUGGCUUUCUUCAGGACAAGACGAGCGAUGCCCCAUUCGGCGGUCGCGAAAUGAAGUUCACGAUUGGAAAACGGGCCUCAGAAGUCAAGAGGGAUCAGGCCAAGGCCAAGAAGGUAUUUUCCUAGAAAAUAAUCCUGAAAGAAAGAUGGGGGGGGGGGUUUAGGAUUUUGGCGAAUUUUUUCUACUUCACUCGCACUUCGCUACCCUAAAUAACGUCAAUUUAUUGACUUUUCGCGAAAAAAAUACGCGUUUCUAUAGUUGAUCCACAGCCAUCAAAAAAGGGUCCUGACACGAUAACAAAAGAAACAGUUCCUGGUUGGUAGAGAGCGCAGACAGGCCACGCCCCCUUAGCGUCCCAAGUUAGCCGUAAGUCUGUUCCCUACUGUCGUUUCUCUAUACGGAAUUUUUCCGCGGCUUGAAACUCUGGUUGCAUUUGGAAUGGCUCGAAGAGUUGCAGUCGCGUCGCGGUUAGUCAAGUCGCCUUAACCCGGUUCUUCCAAUACUUGGCAAUGUACUGCGCGGAAAUCGUAAAAAUAUCAGCCAUUCCAAGUGCGACCAUGAGCUUCCAAGCCAUUCUCGAUUCACUGUCGCUUCGAGACAUUAUUCAAGGCUCAGAUAUAGAGAGUGUAUGAAGAGGAGAGAUUCAGACGUCGAAAUUUUUCUACACUCCAUUUAUUUGCGGAGAUGUCUAAACCUCCUCUUUUCACGUACUGCUUCGCGAAAUCUGUAAAGAACCUUUUUUUAUUUUACCAAGCUACCUUUAGAGGAAUUAUAUAGCUGACGGCUUGCUUGGGACCUGUCUGUGCUCUCCAGUAACCAGGCACUGUCUCUUUUCUUAUCGUGUCAGGACCCUAUUUUCGAGGGCACAAGCCAGCCGUGAAUCAGAUAUAAGUGGAUUAUUCUUAUUGGCCUGAUAUAUCAAAUUGAAAAAAUAAAUCAGUGGUUAUAUUUUCAAGGCAUCCCACGUCGCCGAACGGCAAUCCGUAACGAGAAGACCGAAUUCCCUGGUCACGAAAGGCCUCAAGAAACUGCCGUCGAACCUGAACUUGGGUCGGAAAAAAGACACCAACGUCCAAUAG